AUGCAUUAUAGAUUCAUUAGAGACAGUUUUUGGGGAAGAUUCUUCUACCACUUAUCUGGUCACAAAGCAUUUGCUCACAAGGAAGACAUGAAAGAUUAUGUUAUUCCCGAUAAAUACUUGCCUGAAAGUAAAUCAAAUUCGAUGUCAGCUUCAAGGGCAACGUUGGUUGGUGAUGAUACAAUUGAAGAGGUGAAGGCUCCAGAGUCUGACACUUCCAGUCUUGCAUCUAGUAUAAAUUCUGAAUUAAUAGUCGUAGAUUGGGAUGGUGAUGAUGAUCCAGAAAAUCCUCAAAAUUGGCCAAUUUACCAGAAGACUUUUUUCAUUUUCGAGAUUGGUCUUUUGACCACUUCAGUGUACAUGGGUUCUGCUAUCUUUACCCCAGGGAUAGAACAAAUCAUGGCAGAAUGGAACGUAAGUCAAGUUGUUGCAACAUUACCUCUUACAUUAUUCGUUAUCGGAUAUGGUAUCGGGCCAAUGAUCUUGUCUCCUUUAUCAGAGAACUCAAUUUUUGGAAGAACUUCGAUUUAUAUCGUUACGUUGUUCAUAUUUUUCAUUUUGCAAAUUCCAACUGCCUUAGCAAAGAACAUUGCUUCCUUAUCUAUAUUGAGAUUUAUUAGUGGCUUUUUUGCAUCUCCUGCAUUGGCUACUGGAGGGGCUUCUGUGGGUGAUAUUAUAUCCAUGCCUUACAUGCCAGUUGGUAUAGCCGCUUGGUGUAUUGCAGCUGUCUGUGGACCAUCUUUGGGUCCAUUAAUUGGUUCUGUGUUCGCUCAAUUACUUGGCUGGAGAUGGACAUUCUGGUUUAUGCUUAUCAUUUCAGGUUUUGCUUUCUUGGUUCUUGGCUUCUUUUUACCAGAAACUUAUGGGCCAACAUUAUUGAGCAGAAAAGCACGUAGAUUGAGAGCAAAGACAGGAAAUCCAAAUAUUGUCAGUGAAGGUGAGAUUGCCAAUCUGAAGUUAACUAUGAGAGAGAUCACUGUCGAAGCUCUUUGGAGACCAAUCGAAAUCUCUCUCUUCGAGCCAGUGGUGCUUUUGAUUAAUCUUUACAUUGCUUUGGUGUACUCCAUUAUCUACCUAUGGUUUGAAGCUUUUCCAAUCGUUUUCAUUGAGGUGUACCAUUUUAACUUGAUUGAAAUGGGAGUGUCAUAUGUGGGUUUCAUGGUUGGUGUAUUAGUUGGUGCUUUCAUUUAUAUUUGGUUAAUCUAUCAAAGGUUCACUAAGAAGUUACUUGCUAAUAAAGAUGUGCAACCUGAAGUUUUCUUGCCAAUUGCCAUUUUUGGAAGUAUUUGUAUGCCAAUAGGAUUAUUUAUAUUUGGAUGGUCUGCAACAGAAUCUUCUCAUUGGAUUGGACCAAUUAUUGGAGUUGGUAUUUUUGCGGGAGGUGCUUUCAUUAUCUUCCAAACACUUUUCAACUACUUGAGUAUGUCUUUCUGGAGGUACCUAGCUUCCGUCUUUGCUGGUAAUGAUUUGUUCAGAUCAGUGAUUGCAGGUGCAUUCCCAUUAUUUGGUGCUCCAUUAUUUAAUAACACUGGCUCUGAAAAGUUUAGAGUUGGAUGGGGUUCUUCAAUUUUAGGGUUUAUUUGUAUUGCGAUGAUUGCAAUUCCUGUGGUAUUUUAUCUUAACGGGCCCAAAUUACGUUCUAGAUCGAAAUACUCAGGAAACUAG